AUGUUUCAAUUCGGUCUGAAUAAAAAUAAAACUACGCCAAUUUUUGAUGAUGGUUAUUGUUACUUACAAAUUGGUGUCUCAGAUAAUAAUACUACUCUAUAUCUUGAAUGUCAUGAGAAAAGUCGCCGCAGAUGUCCAGCUCGAGGAGUAAAGAAGAUUGAAUCACCCUUUGUUUCUUUAACAAGAAAUCACAACCAUAUUCGAAAUUAUGAUAUUGAAUUGAUUUAUAAUUUCAAACAUGAGUUGUAUUCUUCUGUAAUAUCUACUACGCGUGAUUUACGUAUUCUUUUUAACGAAAUAAGUAUUAGACAUUUACGUGCAUCCACAUUAGUACCAUACAUUAGUAUUGUAAAAACAAUGCAAGGAUGGCGUAAAAGUAGUUGUCCUCGAGUACCAAAGACAAUUCAAGAAUAUGUUCAGUUAUUGAAUUCCCAGCGAUGGAGAUCUCGUUUCUUUUCAAAUGAUAGCAAUUUAGAUGUUGGCAAUAUUAUUGGAACUGAUGGAUCAGUAGCUACGGUAUUUAUAGAUGGAAUUAUGCUGCAAAACUUUACAAAUGUAAAUCUCUAUGUGGAUGCAACGUAUAAAGUAUGCCCAAGACAGCCAAACAAAAAAAUUUAUCAGUUCUUUACUAUAAUGGCAUCUUUUGAUGAUACUGUGCUUCCCGUGGCUUGGAGUUUUAUGUCCCAUAAAAGUAUGUCCUGUUACCAUUCAGUAAUGAAUCGUUUCCAGCAAUUAACACCACACCUUCAAGUUUUAUCAAUAACAACUGAUUUUGAAGUCGGUUUAAGAAAUGUCCUUCGUGGACUCUAUCCGAAUGCCGUUUUAAAGGGUUGUUAUUUUCAUCAUGUCCAGGCAUUAAUGAAAAAAGCUGAAAAGAUUAAAUUGCUGGAUGUAUUAAACGAUUGGGACGAUGGACAAGAUUUUUUUCGAAAGUUAAUCACUUUAGCAUUGUUACCAAGUCAUCAAAUCAUACCUGCCUAUAAAUGGUUGCUUACAUCAUACAGUGCGUUUCAUGCAGCUUUCCAUCAAUUUCUUCUUUACUAUGAAUCAUAUUGGUUGAAGGUAAUAAAACCAGAAAACUUUUCUGUAUUUGGGUGUAGAGACAAAACGAAUAAUUACGUUGAAGCAAAUAACCGUCGAUUAAAUAUGGAAUUUGGUGUGCAUCCAAGCAUUUGGAAUUUUACAGAAAAAUUGAUGGCCCUGUAUCAAAAAAGUAAAAUUGAGCUAGAAUCAUUGAUGAUGGGUCUUCCUGUCAGAAGACAAACUCGCAUUAAGUAUUUAAUUGAAGAAGCUGUUCUAUGGAGAGCUUGGGACUUAUACAAUGCCAAUGUAUUAGAUUUUAAACAUUUUUUAGAAUGUACAAAUAAAAUGAUAAGAAUAUUUGAAAAUGAUCGAGGCCUAUUCUCAGUCAAUGAAGUUGAUGGUUUUAUAAAUGCUGAAAUCAAGAUGUAUAUUGCAGUUGAUCAAAACUUAUACAUAGCCAUCGAUGAAGGUGACAACAAUCGUCCAGAAUACAUUAUUUUUAUUACUGAAAAUUGAUAAAAGUACAAUAAUAAUCAUUUAGCCAGUAACAAUUAUACUGCAUUGAAUGAUGGAUUGUUGUCACUUGUAUGAGCAGAUACUCAAGCUACACUGAUUCAAAUAUUCACAAAAAAAAUGUAACGAAUAUUUUAAAGUUAUUUUCUCGAGCAUUAAACAAUGUACGAAAUAGAAAGCAUGAUUUUUACUAAAAAUGUUUAAAUUAUAACACUGUUUGCAUUAAAAAAAAAAAAAAAUAA